AUGACUUCUUCAGUCUUCUUCAAGUUCAAGUCUCAGAGGGAGCCUACCCGUGUUGAAUUCGAUGGCACAGGUAUCUCCGUGUUUGAGCUCAAGCGGGAAAUUAUCACCAAAAGUGGAUUGGGUGAUGGCACCGACUUCGACCUCUUCAUUUACACCGAUGAUAACAGUGAAGAAUAUGACGAUGACACAACCAUCAUUCCCAGAUCGACAACAGUAAUUGCUCGGCGCCAACCAGCCCUCAAGUCCGGUGCUGGUCGCGCUGCUCGUUAUGUCACUGGAAAGAUGCCCGUGACGGCUAAAAAUGCUGGCCGUAAAGAACAAGCGGCGAAAGCGUCUUCAUCAAAGCCCAGUUCUAAUGCGAUCAACCAAAUGAACAACGCCAUGACUGAGGAGGAGAAGAUGGCUGCCAUGUUUGCAGCACAGACCGAGCAGUGGUCCGCUCAGCAAGAGGAGAUGUCACAUCAAACGCCAGUGUUCAAACCUGGUUCCAAGCGGCCGGCGAAUGUGCCCGACCACGACCCGCCAAAUGGCUACAUUUGCUAUCGAUGUGGCAACAAAGGGCACUGGAUCCAGUUGUGUCCCACUAAUGACGACCCCGAGUUCGACAACCGACCCCGUGUCAAGCGUACUACCGGUAUCCCUCGCUCAUUCCUACAGAAGGUCGACAAGUCCGUUGUUCUGGCUCAGACUGAGGGAGAUGAGUCAAAGCGCCCUUCUGGCAUUAUGGUUAACGCUGAAGGAGACUUCGUCAUCGCCGAACCGGAUAAGGCGUCUUGGGAACAGUUCCAAGCCAAGACCAAGACUUCGUCCACGGCCAAGGCACCCUUGGCUGAGGACAAGGAGAUUCAGGAGCGGGGCUUCGUGUGCUCAAUUGACAAGAAGAUGUUCAUAGAACCAAUGAAGACCCCGUGCUGCCAGAAGACCUUUUGUAAUGAUUGCAUCACCAAUGCUCUCAUCGAAAGCGACUUCAUCUGCCCUGCGUGCCAGACGGAAGGCGUGCUGAUCGAUGACCUGCAGUCGGAUGAGGAGACGUCAAAGAAGAUUCAGGAGUACCUAAAGGAGAAAGAAGCCACAAAGACUCCUCCACCAACAUCACCGAAGGCCUCGGGAGAAGGGAAGAGUGAGGAGAAGCCAGAGGAGACGCUAAUCGAAGCCUCUGAAGCCAAGUCUGAUGACAAGGCUGAAGGAGACGCGGCAGAGAAGCCGGAUUCCCCAAAGAAAGAUAGCAGCAAAUCGCCAGUCUCGCAAGCUGCGGCGGUGAAGUCCCCACCCACAGGCCCCAAGAGUCUCAUUGCCGCCCAGGACGCACUUGAAAAACAAGCAAGUGGUGUUAAGCCAGAUGAGGCAAACUCCAAGAAGCGUCCCGCUGACGACAUCCUGGAUAACCCGAGAAUCCCUAAGGGCCCUAAGGCAAUGCAAAAUCAACAGGCACAGAACAUGAUGCCCAACAUGAUGAACGGCAUGCCUGGAAUGAACAUGGGAAUGAACAACAUGAUGUUCAACGGCAUGCCCAUGAUGCCAAACAUGAUGGGUAUGCCCAACAUGGGGAACAUGAACAUGGGAAACAUGAACAUGGGGAUGCCGAUGAUGGGUAUGCCUAACAUGAUGGGCAUGCCCGGGUUCCCAGGGAUGAAUGGAGGAUUUGGGGGAAUGAACGGCUGGGAUAUGGGAAUGAAUGGCAACGGCAUGAAUGGUAACAUGGGAGGCAUGAAUGGAGGCAUGCAUGGAGGCAUGAAUGGCGGUAUGGGUGGAGGCAUGAAUGGUGGCAUGAACGGUGGCAUGAACGGAGGCAUGGGUGGAGGCAUGGGCGGCGGUAUGGGUGGAGGUAUGAAUCCAGGCAUGAAUGGCUUCCAGAACGACAACUUCACGCACGGUGGCAACGCCAACGAGGAGGACGCAUACUUCCGCAAGCCUGUGAACCCCCAUCGCCACCAGAACAAGCAACGACGAGUACGACCUAGCGAUUACCGCGAGCUAUGA